CUAAUUUUCCUGCCCCGCAAAGAAGAAGAAGAAUAAGAAGAAGAAAAUAGAGAGAGAGAGAGAGAAUGCACCGAUCAUCACUCCUCUCGUUGUUGUUUUUGUUGAUCUUGGAGUUCAGUGCAAGCGUCAAUGCACUGUACGGACCAUCAUCACCUGUGGUUCAGCUCAGUCCCUCCAACUUCAAGUCCAAGGUCCUGGAUUCGAAUCGGGUAGUUUUAGUUGAGUUCUUUGCACCUUGGUGCGGUCAUUGUCAAGCUCUGACACCAACAUGGGAGAAGGCUGCUACUGUUUUAAAAGGUGUUGCAACUAUAGCAGCUCUUGAUGCUGAUGCUCACAAGUCCCUUGCUCAGGAAUAUGGUAUUCAAGGAUUUCCAACUAUAAAGGUGUUUGUACCUGGGAAACCUCCUCAGGAUUAUCAAGGAGCUAGGGAUGUAAAACCCAUUGCAGAAUUUGCACUCCAGCAGAUUAAGGCACUUCUGAAGGAACGGUUAAAUGGAAAAGCUGCAGGAGGAUCUAGUGAGAAGUCGGAAAUUAGUGCAUCCGUAGAACUGAAUUCACGUAAUUUCGAUGAGUUGGUUGUUAAAAGUAAAGAUCUAUGGAUUGUGGAGUUCUUUGCGCCAUGGUGUGGACAUUGUAAGAAGCUUGCUCCUGAGUGGAAGAAAGCUGCAAAUAAAUUGAAGGGCAAGGUGAAGCUGGGUCAUGUAGACUGUGAUGCGGAGAAGUCUUUAAUGAGCAGAUUCAGUGUGCAAGGUUUCCCCACUAUCUUAGUGUUUGGUGGUGACAAAGACAGUCCUUUCCCUUAUGAAGGUGCAAGAUCUGCCUCUGCAAUCGAAUCAUUUGCACUGGAGCAGGUAGAAACAAAUGUUUCACCUCCUGAAGUGACUGAACUGACUGGCCCAGAUGUCAUGGAAGAGAAAUGUGGAUCAGCUGCCAUCUGUUUUGUUGCCUUCUUCCCUGACAUUUUGGACUCCAAAGCAGAGGGAAGAAACAAGUACCUCGAAUUGUUAUUAUCAGUUGCAGAGAAGUUCAAAAGGAGUCCUUACAGCUAUGUUUGGGCGGCUGCAGGUAAGCAGCCAGAUCUUGAAAAGCAUGUAGGCGUUGGUGGAUAUGGGUAUCCAGCUUUGGUAGCCAUGAAUGUGAAGAAAGGAGCAUACACAUCACUUCGAAGUGCAUUUGAGCGUGACCAGAUUGUAGAAUUUGUAAAAGAAGCUGGAUAUGGAGGAAAGGGCAAUCUGCCUCUAGAUGGCACCCCUGUGAUUGUGAAGACUGAACCCUGGGACGGUAAAGACGGACAAAUCAUUGAAGAAGAUGAAUUCUCCCUCGAAGAACUCAUGGGGGAAGAAAAUGCAAACAAGGAUGAGUUGUAAUCUUUUGGAGAGUGUAGCAGCACUAAAGAGAUAAAAGAAUGAGCAUUUGAAGUUAGAGCAUUGUGUUAGUCAUUUGGACCACUUGAUAGUUAUUGUGUACUAACACAACUUCUUCGUUAUUGAAAGAUUUUGUUGCAAGUAACUGAUCUUUUUCAUGUUAAUUUGAAUAUGAAAUAUUUUUAGAAAUAACAUUUGGUGAACUAGUUCUUAUUUCAUACAAUAAAAGUCAAAUUUUAGUGUAUGACACUGCUACCGCUGGUGACGAACUGGCUUUGGG